AUGGAGAAAAUAACAGUGGGUGCUACCAACAAACAUAUACAUGAAGAUUUUGCAUUUGUUAUUCUCUCAAAAUUGCCCCUCAAAUCUUUGAUUCGAUUUUGUUGUGUAAGUAAAUCAUGGUCUCUUUUGUUAGAUAAUAAUUAUUUUAUGAACAUGUUUCGAAAGAAUUUUUUAUUGAAGAAUCACUCCUAUUACAAUGACACGUCGCUUCUUCUACAUUAUGAUGCAUCAUGGAAUGUUGAUAAUCCAAGUAACUCUGGAAUGCAUUCUCUAUCCGGUGAGGGAUUUGAGAAUAUGGUACACUUAGAUUGGUCAAAUUUAUUUCAGGAAGAUGAGUGGUUGUUUAACAUUUUGGGCUCGACUAGUAUCAAUGGUUUUCUUUGUAUUGAUUGUAAACAAACAGGGAGAGUUGUAUUGUGGAAUCCAACAACUGAGGAAUAUAAAGUUAUUCCUAUAUGUCAUUUUUCCAAUGAAUCAAUUGUGCUUCAUCUUUGUAUUCAUGGGUUUGGUUUUGACUCUACUAGUGAUGAUUACAAGGUUAUUCAACAUCGGGUAUUUUCUCAUGACGUUGAUAGUGAAGAUGCAACAUGGAAAGAUAUAUCUCCUUACUCUUUGUGGGAGAUAUAUAGUCUGAAAAACAACUCUUGGAAAACAAUUGAUAUAGAUAUGCCCACAUGUUAUCAAGAUGAGGUGGGUGUUCAUGCGUACAUGGAUGAUGUGUGUCAUUGGUUGGGUAAAAGUAAAACACAUGGAUCUACUUGUGAAAUGUACAAUGAAGUUUAUCUGGUCUCCUUUAACUUGAGCACUGAGAUGUUUGUUACAACAUCUUUACCUUCAAACAUGGACGGUAUUGAUUAUAAAUACUUAGCAGUGCUUAAUGGUUCAAUAACAUUGAUUUCAAAUAAUGCAGAAACAACUACUUUUCAAAUAUCAAUUUUAGGUGAAGUUGGGAGAAAUGAGUCAUGGAUCAAGCUCUUCAUUUUUCAAUCGUUAUCGUGUAUUGAUCGACCUAUUGGAGUGAGUAAAAAUGGCGAUAUAUUCUUUAUACAAAAUGAUGAAGAACUAGCUUGGAUUAAUUUAAGUACCGAAAAGUUUGAAAAGCUAGGUGUUAAAGGAACUUUUAACUGUCAGGUGAUAAGUUAUAAGAGAAGUCUUGUCCGAAUUGACAGAAAAAGUAAUUAA